AUGCUUCGGAGAUUAAAGUUUCUUAGUCUUCAUAAACUUCUGUCAGGCGUGGAAGCAGCCGAAUCGGCAGUGAAACUUGCUCGACGUUGGGCCUACGAUGUGAAGAAGGUUCCUGAGAAUAAGGCGAAGAUGGUUUUCGCAGAGAACAACUUUUGGGGCCGAUCAAUUGCUGCCAUUUCGGCAUCAAGCGACCCGGAUUCCUACGGCGGCUUUGGACCUUUUGUACCACUCUUCGAACGAAUUCCCUACAAUGAUUUUGAAAGCGCUCGAACCAUACAGAUCCGAAACACGGCGGUUUUCAGGGUGGAACCGAUACAAGGAGAGUGGCUCAUUGCUGACAGAUGCCGGCGUCAUUUGAAGGGUGUACAAGAUCUCUGUAAGAAGCAUAAUGUACUCUUCAUCACUGACGAAAUACAGUCCGGUCUCGGAAGGACGGGAGAGUACGUGAACAAAUAA